UCAGUAUUUUACGGUAAGGUGAUUCCAACGCCUGUAGAAUAUAAUACUGGAAAUUAUGAUCUUCAGAUCCCUGAAUAUAUCUCUGAGACAAUAGACCAGGAAAACAGUAUAAAUAUAAAUAAAAAUGAAACGAUUGUUGGCACAGAUGAGAUGAUAGUAAAUGAAUAUUGGCUGUUUACCAGGAAAAACCCGACGACACCUCAAAUUAUUAUCAACGGAGAUGCCAGUUCUAUUUUGAAUUCUAACUACGAUGCCAGCAAACCACUAAAAGUUUUAGGACAUGGAUGGAAUAGGUAUGGUCAUGCCCGAUCGAACACGAUGGUAACAUCGGCGUAUUUGGCAACAUCUGAUGUCAACAUUAUUGUUCUUGACUGGAGAGUUGCUGCUAGUGGUGACUAUACUAGUGCAGCUUUAAGGGUUCCCGCGACUGGACGGGCUCUGGGCAACUUCUUACAAUGGUUCCUUAGUCACGGUGGCGGAAACUGGAAUAACCUUCACCUAAUUGGCUACAGUUUAGGUGCUCAUAUGAUGGGAACCGCUGGACGUGUUCUUGGAGGUCGUCCUAUAAGAGUUACUGGUUUAGACCCCGCGGGCCCAUUUUGGAGUGGUCAUUCCCACGGCCUAAAUACUGCAGCUGGUCAAUACGUGGAAGUCAUACACACCAAUAUAAUGGUCCGUGGGAUAACAGAACCUAUAGGUCACUCGGACUUUUAUCCUAAUGGUGGACGAUCUCAGCCGGGCUGUGGCACCGACAGCACAUGUAGCCAUGCCCGGUCUUACGAAUUCUUCGCUUCAAGUGUCCGCACAGAUCAUUUCAACGCAAGGCGAUGCUCCGGGCUCUUGCAAGCUAUUCAGAACAUGUGCGAUGGCAGCGAGUUAAAUAUGGGAAACGGAAGGUUGGACAAAAACGGAAGAGGAAUUUAUGCAUUGUCUACAGGUAGCAGUUGGCCGUUUUAG